GAGAUCCUGUCACUAUUGCACGUCAUAUUUAAGCUGAGAUGGAAAGGAAGCGUCCUGGCAGCCAGUCCUCACACCCCAGCAAGGCAGAAACCAGCCAAACAGAAGCUCAAAAGAAGAAACCCAAGCUCACACUCAAGCCCCCCUCAUUCAUUACAGACUCUCAAGCUAAAAAAGCAAUCAAAUCGUUUGAUGCAUUCCUAGAGAGUCUCUUAGAGCUUGAAACACCUGAAUUGAAGCUUAUUCAGAUUCUGUGGUUCGUCGAUGCAUUAACUCAUGCAACCCGGACACAGACGACUGCAGUCGUGAACGAUGCUGACAAAUGUGUGGCAGUGCUGGAAAAACAAUAUAAUAUGGGGCACGGUAGUGUGCUGAGUAACGUUCUCCUCGAUGUGUUUGGGCUCCUGGUGAGUGCACUGGAUGAUGGCCUCCUUCCUCAGAGUGUGGUUGAGUUUGCACUGAGCUCUGUUAAACAUGGUGAUACUUCUGUCAAGGCAGCGUCUUUGAAGUGCUUACAGGGAGUUGUCAGCCGUGGCUCAAAGGAGUUCAAGAUGCAAGUGCUUGAGAUUGCUUUCCGAGAGAUCCACUCUACAUACCACUUAGUGCGGAUCAAUUGUGUGCGUCUGAUUGGUCAACUGAGUCAUGUGACUGGCCGGCUAGACGACUCUCUGCCUCUCCUUGAAGCAAGGUGUGGUGAUGCUGAUCCCCGGGUCAGAACAGCUGCUUUCCAGGCACUAGGUGCUCUGCUUGAAGAGGGACUAACUCUGCCCCAGUCUGUCUACUCAAAGGCAUCGGACUGUUUGUGUGACGAUAAUGAGAACGUAAGGACUAGUGCUCUGAAGGUUGUGUGGAGGGUGGGACUCAAGCACAUAAACAAGAUGAUCCCAUUUAAAGAAGAUCCAUCUGUUGAGAUUCGUCUCCUAGACGAUGCAUUUGUGAAGAUCUGCAAUCUGGUCAAUGACAGCUCUAUCCAGAUACGAGCUUUAGCAGCUGGUCUUCUUGGAGAUUUCACAUCCGCUAGUGAGCAUUUUCUCUCUCAGACGUUGGACAAGAAGCUCAUGUCACAUCUGAGGGUUGUUAAGAGUGAGCAUGAGCGUCAGAAGGAACUCCAUCAGAAGGGCGGGGCCUCCAUGGACUGGGAGACUGGCAGGAAAUGGGGUAAAGGGGGAGGAGCUGUAAAGGUGGAUAUUGACCCUCGUAAAAUCAGUCUAAUGAAUGCUGGAGCCUGUGGAGCAUUUGUACAUGGUCUAGAGGAUGAGUUCAUGGAGGUGAGGAGUGCAGCCAUAGACUCAAUGUGCCGACUGGGUGUGAGUAGCUCAGUGUUUGCUGAACAGUGUUUGGACUAUUUGGUGGACAUGUUCAAUGAUGAGAUCCAGGCCGUUAGACUUAAGUCCAUCAGCUCCUUGGGCCUUAUCACUGCCACCAUGGUGCUCAGGGAUGACCAGCUGGAGACAGUACUCGGAAUACUGGACGAAUCGUCUGGUGAGAUUCGCGAUGCACUUCGAAGUUUACUGUGCAGCUGUCAGAUAAUGACCAGGAGCGGCCUCAACUCCACUGUCCACUCCCUACUAGACAAUCUGAAGAGAUACCCCACCGACAAACAGUCCAUCUGGAGAUGUCUCCAACAGCUCGGCAGUCACCAUGGCAGCCUGGUCUCCAUACUAGUCCCAGAGCUGCUCAGCACUCACCCUUUCUUCAUGGGCAAGGAGCCGGACGUCGACGACCCAGCCUAUAUCUGCAUCCUGAUCCUGGUGUUCAAUGCAGCUGCUCAGUGCCCCACCAUUCCUCCCCUCUUCCCUUCCCACGUCUUCAGACACUACACCUACCUCAGAGACACCCUACCCCAACUCAUACCUCACAUUAGGACUGGUGUGCCUUCAGUUAUGAAGAUUGGACGUUCCAGAACUAGAGAAGACACGACAGGUCAUUCUGGCUCUCGGCAGUUUGUGGCACAGGUGCUCUCUCGGGCAGCAUGUGUGUCAUCUCUCCUAUCCCUCCAAGAGCGUCAGGGGGCAUGGCAGUCGUGCAUCAGUGACCUCCAGCGAGUGAGGAGUCUGGACUGUGAGGUGGCUUCCAGUGCUAGCUGUGCCGCCAUAUUCAUACAGUGUCAACUCCUCAUCAAUAAGGUGAGUGAGGCCUUGUCACAGGAUGUGCUGCUCACUUCUGAAGGCUCCAGUCAACAGAGCCUCCCUCCACUCAUAGCUAACAUCAGAGAGUUGCUGCUCCUGGGUUAUCGUCUGGAACACUGCUUCACUGGUCUGACCACUGACCUCUUAUUGAGGGCCAAGAUGGUGAGAGUGAUGGCUAAUGCUCUGUCAUUGCUCUUGGCUACUCAUAUGGACAUAGACACUGGGAACAGUGAUGUAUUUCAGGCAAUGAAAAUAGAUUUUCAAGAAAGACUAAAGGCGGUACAGAGGCUCUGUGAAUCUACUAAAGCUCCUUUACCUCUUGCGAUUGGUCCUCUUCUCAGUGGAAACUUGACUACUACACCGUCAGAACAGCUUUCUCAGCACUUACUAACUCUGUUGAAAGACCAGUUGUGUACAGACCUCCCCCUGGCGGCCCUCCAGCUGGUACAACAGACUUCGAGCGAGCUGCUGUCUCCACUCAGCUGUGAGGAACACACUCGGUUCGUGUCCAGUCUAGCCCUCUGUGUGGACGUCCAGGCAACAGUCAGUAACACCAGGAACAAGGACAGUCUUGCUGUACAGGUGUUGUUCCCUGAUGGUAAGAGGCUCCUGUUUCCUGUCAAAAGCUCUCAGAUACGGGAAACUGGAGCUAAAGAGCUUCUUCUGGAUACACCAGUUGUGCUGUCACAUGGUGUCUGGACAGAACCCUCUCAAGUGGAGCUGUGUAUAGUGUUGCAGUAUGAGACGGAUGUGAGUGAAGACAGUUGCCUUGGGUUCCCUCAACGAACCUCCGCCCAUAAGAGAGAUGAUGUGGGAGUGUGCUCAGGGCGGUUGUCUUCCAGUCCUGUCCACUCCCACCCUGAAGACGGUCUGGCGACAGACAGGAGUACUCUAGUCAUCAGUGAAACUGUUAGAGUGAACAUUCAUCCUCAGGAGAAAGCUAGCGCCUCAUUUAGUGCAUUUCAAGACCCCAUCAACAGAUUGUAGUACUUGUACGUGCACAGUUUUGUUCACAACUUUUUAUAAAGUGAUAUUCAUUCAUUGCAUGCUGUAAGUUUGUUGUAUUCGUGGCUUCCAUGUGUACAACUUAUGUUUACAUGAAGUGAACUAUAGCUAACCAUGAUGUUUCAUUUAUCUGA